UAGAAUAAACAAAUCAAUGAGAUGGCUGCCAUUUAAGUUUUUUGAAGGUUCAAAAAUCUUAAGCGAUUUAUUAGGGUCUGAAGUAUCUCUUCUCAAAAUCCCUAUUAGCAAGCUUUUUUCCUUGUUUCACUUGCUGCAAGUUGUGUAGCUCACUUGUUCUAAUCCAAACCCUAACUUUGAUUUUUCCUUUUCAUCACUGACUUAUCUGUAUUUUACUCAUUCUUUGAACAAUAUUGUUGUUUUAGUAAGCUUAGCUUAAGUUACACCUUUGUAUGUUGGUUCUCUAUUCUAUUCUCCUUCUUUUGUUCAAUGAAAUGAAUUUUUUUCCUCCUGUAAUUUUAUUACUAUUACUUAGUUUCUGAUUCCGUAUUUUUAGGGUAUUGUUCUAUUCUAAUAGCUGAGCUUGUUUUUGUUUGCUUCCGCACUAGAGUUAUUGGUCAAGAUGUUUCUUUUUAUUGUGAAAUUCAUGUUUGAUUGCUCAUUUUCGUAUUGAGAUUAUUGAACCAUAUCAAACUAACUGCAAGCGGUGAUACCUCAGUGAUUCAACGAUGUCAUCAUAAGUUGUCUUUAUGCGGAUUUUAUUGUUUGUUAGUAUGUCUUCAUACUUACAAUACUCGUGCUGCAAUAAUAGGUGGACGCAGAUCAAGUGCUUGUUCUUGAACUCAAUCAUCCUUAUGGACGAACUAGGUUCAAUGCUUGGCUUUUCUUCUCCUGGCUCAAGCCUACCAUGGCUUUGGAUCAUUGAAUAUCUAUCAAGCUUCAGCAAAAUAGACACUUCUAUUAUACGUGGUUUGAUUGAAGCAGCUCCUGUAUUACCUCACGGUUUAGGGACAAACACUACGGAAAUGGUUUCUUUAAGAUGUCUGGAGGAGUUAUUUGGUCCUGAAAAUGAUUUCAAAGAUGUUGAUGUUCCUGAUUCGAGAGUUGUCUUUGAUCUUUCCGAAAGCUGCAAAGAUGUACUCAAACAAAUACUGCAGGAGGUCUCAGUUUCAGAUCUGAAAAAGGCUGGACCAAAGCUGUUGAGGUGGGAUGUUCACCCCUUUAUAAUGCAUAAAAGAGCUUCCCAGCGCACUUGUGCAUUAGAGCAGCUGAAAGAUUCAAUGUUUAAAGAUAUUCCUGUUAUAGAUGGUGAUGAAGAUGCACCUAAGGAUGAAAAUGGUGAUGGAGAAGGUAACUUGGUUCCACAUGGUCAUGGAAAUAGAAAUGACGUAUUGCAAGAUGGGUUGCUUGAAGGAAAUUUAAUUCCCUCCAAGAGGUAUAUUACUGAUGUGGAUGCUGAUAAUUUGGUGGGACUAGAUAGUGGAAACCCGAAUGGUAUGUUCAAUCAUAAUGAUCUUCAGUUGAAGGAAAAGAAGUUCAAGCAGGAUGGUAGUUGUUCUAAUCAAUCUGUUGGGCAGAUUCCAAUUCCCUUGCAUGGAAAUGAACAGGUGCAAAAGGACUCUCAAGCAAAUGAGGUUGAUCGAGAUGGGCGUGUUACCUCUAGGACAGUUGGGCAGAGUGAUGGUGUUUUUCAUGUAAAAUUCCAGGACAAUCAGAUUGGAAAUGCUCAAAAUGCUGGCAUGGUGGGUGAGGAAAUGUAUGGAGAUACAGCUUCCCGAAAUAUCUCAAUGAUUGAACCCAAUCAUUUUGAAUCUGGUUCACUGCAAAAAGUUCCUAGUGGUGAUUCCAAUGACAACGUCGAUCAAGUUUUUCCAUUAAGCUCCCCAAAGCCUGCCUCUGCUGAUGUAUUCCAGCAGAAGAUUGAUUCUGAUGAAGCCAAUGUUGACUUUGAGCAUCCUUGUACCGAACAACUCUAUGAAGAUGAGAGGCUUGAUGUUGCCUUGAAGAAGAGUCUUUCCUUGAGUUCUCGGUGCACAUCAAGUCAAGAUCCGUUGGGCACAGCUGACUGGAUAGAGCAAAAUUUAUGUUUUAAAUGUAUUAAAAGUGGUAGGGUGUUGGUCUGCAGUUCUAAUGAUUGCCCAAUUGUGGUUCACGAAAGCUGCUUUGGAACCCCUGCAAGAUUUGAUGAUAAGGGCAACUUUCGUUGCCCUUACUGUGCAUAUUCUGUUUCCAUCUCACAGUACCUAGAAGCGAAGGGAAAGGUCACCUUAGCAAGGGAGGAACUAUGUGCAUUUAUGGAGCUUUUUGCAAAGAUACUUCCUGAGGAACAGAGGAAACCGCAUGGUCAUCCCAGAUUAAAUGGAGAUGAGGGCCUUGUUGGAGAAGUUAAUCAUGGGUUUGAAAGCAGGACGAGUGAUAAACCUUCAGGACCUUCUACAUCACAUGUAAAUAGUGAUGGACUGUGUGUGGAAGAAGCAUUUAUGGGUGGGAAGAGCAUUCACAGUGAAGAAAAUGAAGGGGAGGAAAAAGUGGACAUGGAUACUGAUAUUUGAGAGAGCAUGGAACAAGUUACAGCCAACCUUAAUAGCAGCUGUGAUAAGCUAACAUUGAAUACACUGAAACUGUCUCUGCAUUGAGACAUCUAACUUUUUUGUGUUCUCAAUAUUUUGACACAGGAAUUUUGAGAUGGUGCAAAAGACUCAA